GUGGUCGUUUGACCGCGGACCCGUAGUGGAUACAGGUAAUGAGGCAGUGAUCACUGAAAUCCUGAUUGAAGACAGCAGAGGUGUAUUUGGAGGGCAAGUUGGUCAGGACAAUGUCUAUUAGGGUGCCCAUGUUUACGGAUUUAGGGUUGUACCUGGUGGGUUCCUUGAUGAUUUGUGUGAGAUUGAGGGCAUCUAGCUUAGAUUGUAGGACUUCCGAGGUGUUAAGCAUAUCCCAGUUUAGGUCACCUAACAGAACAAACUCUGAAGCUAGAUGGGGGGCAAUCAAUUCACAGAUGGUGUCCAGGGCACAGCUGGGAGCUGAGGGGGGUCGGUAGCAGGUGGCAACAGUGAGAGACUUAUUUCUGGAGAGAUUAAUUUUUUUAAUUAGAAGUUCGAACUGUUUGGGCAUAGACCUGGAAAGUAUGACAGAACUUUGCAGGCUAUCUCUGAAGUAGAUUGCAACUCCUCCCCCUUUGGCAGUUCUAUCUUGACGGAAAGUGUUAUAGUUGGGUAUGGAAAUCUCAGAAUUUUUGGUGGCCUUCCUAAGCCAGGAUUCAGACAUGGCAAGGACAUCAGGGUUGGCAGAGUGUGCUAAAGCAGUGAGUAAAACAAACUUAGGGAGGAGGCUUCUGAUGUUGACAUGCAUGAAACCAAGGCUUUUUCGAUCACAGAAGUCAACCAAUGAGGGUGCCUGGGAACAUGCAGGGCCUGGGUUUACCUCCACAUCACCCGAGGAACAGGAGGAGUAGGAUGAGGGUGCAGCUAAAGUCUAUCAAAACUGGUCGCCUAGAGCGUUGGGGACAAGGAAUAAAAGGAGCAGAUUUAUGGGCGUGGUAGAAUAUAUUCAGGGCAUAAUGUGCAGACAGGGGUAUGGUGGGGUGCGGGUACAGCGGAGGUAAGCCGAGGCACUGGGUGAUGAUAAGAGAGGUUGUAUCUCUGGACAUGCUGGUUAUAAUGGGUGAGGUCACCGCAUGUGUGGGAGGUGGGACAAAGGAGGUAUCAAGAGGUGUGAGGAGUGGAACUAGGAGCUCCAUUGUAAACUAAAAAAAUGAUAACUAACCUAAACAACAGUAUACAAGGCAUAUUGAUAUUUGAGAGAGACAUACAGCAAGGCAUAAAGUAAUCGCAGGUCUUGAUUGGGAGAGCUUGCUAAAACAACAGGUGAGACAACAACAGCUAGUCAGCUAACACAACAACAGCAGGUAAAAUGGCGAUGACUAGGCAGAGAGGGUCGGAAUAACUACACAAGUGCCAAAUAAAGUAACAGGGUUGACAAAUAAUCUUAAAUUAUUUGGAAUGGAAUGGAGAUCUUGUUGUGUGCAACAUGGAUGGACAAUUGAAUGCAAGCUUCACAAAAAAAUGAAAUUGUUAAAAAAUGUCUAGCCUGUCUAUGGGUAACAGAGUUGACAUGCUAUGCUUGACCCACUCAGUUUUCUACCACAAAACACCAGAACAUUGCCAAAAAGGGUAGAACCAACCCACCUGCUUUUACACUAUGAUUUGACUAUUAGAUGUUCAAUGAUUCUUUACAAUUUUUUUGUGGAAAAGGAAUAGUUUCACCAUAAUAAAACGCGAGAUCGGUUCACGAAACAGGGUGGCCCUUAAACUGAGGGACUUUUUUAAACCUUAAAAUUAAUCACAUUAAAUAAAUAAUCUUCAUAAAUUACUUUGUCAAAGCAACAAAAUAACUAGGGCCUUACAAUGAAGGUGAAAACUUUGAGGUUAAGUGGAUUCAAAUCUUAUUGGAAGUCACAGAGGGUACAUGUCAAAAUGCAGAAGUCAUUAUUCAUAUAAAAUCUGAUUUAUUAAAUUCUCUAUGUGGUCUAUAUUAAAGGGCACUUCAUUGAAUAUAGCAGGCUUUUAAAAUUCCAUAUUGGUGCACAAUUCCUACUUAAAAUUUCAAAGGGACACAAAGCACUCAUUUCAUGGAAUGACACUUUUGAAUUAUGGAGUGAGUUGGAGAGAUAUGGUAUAUGACAUGCUUACAACAUUGGAGCUCCUUUAUUCUGUUCAAGAGGGCUCUACUAGUGUCAAAUCCUCAUUCAACCCAAAGGAAAGUCUGUGGGCAUCACAAGGGAUCAUCACCCUGCCAAGCCUCUCCAAUGCACUCAGGAGCAUAGGUCUCUGGAAGUAGUCCCCCAAAUGCAUCACGUGACAUGACAUCUGCUCGCAUAAGUAACUAAGAGAAACCAAGCAACCGCGAGGGGGAGAGGGAACAGCGAAGGGGGAGAGCGCGCGCUGUACUGUAUACUGCCGAGGAGGAGCUUUCCUCCGGAGUUCAGUUCACAGCCUCAGCACCGAAACUUGCGCGGUCCUUACCCUGUGCUGGUUCAACAACAGAGUCAUUGCAACAGAUGAACACACUAAGUUAUUUAUAUCUGGUCGUCUAUAGCUAAAAGCUGGUGCCAGGUUUGUGUUCUCCAAGACCCUGUAUGAACGUUUUCUUUUGAAGGAUAUGGUCACAACCCCGGUCUCAAAGUGGAGCCACGCGUAUCUCGGAUCGGCGCGCUCCUCCAGGGGCUAGGAUGCGCGCCCGGAACAUCCAGGUUCUUGCCCGGGUUCGGGUCUGACCAGGAGUCCACUGCCCCGGGUCGCCUAGGCAGGAGGACCCAGUCGACCCGGACCAGGAUGCCGGUGAUGAGGGGUCUGCUGGCCCCGCAGAACACCUUCCUGGACACUAUCGCCACCCGCUUCGAUGGCACCCACAGUAACUUUGUCCUGGGUAACGCCCAGGUACAGUCCCUCUACCCCAUCGUCUACUGUUCUGACGGCUUCUGUGAGCUGACCGGCUACGCCCGCGCCGAACUGAUGCAGAAGAGCUGCGCAUGUCAUUUCCUGUACGGGCCGGAGACCAGCGACCAGCUGACGGCGAAGAUCCAGGGGGCAUUGGACGACAGGGGGGAAUUUAAGAGUGAGCUGGUGUUCUACAAGAAGGGAGGUACCCAGUUCUGGUGUCUGCUGGACAUCGUGCCCAUUAAGAAUGAGAAGGGAGAGGUGGUGCUGUUUCUGGUGUCCCACAAGGACAUCACUGACAACAAGAAGGACCAGGACCCAGAGCAAGGCCCAGAGACUGAUGAGGAAACGGGUCUGGAAGUGCACAAGGUCACCCGUCCCCCGGGCUUCAACACCAACCGCAGACGCAGCCGGGCGGUGCUCUACCACCUGUCUGGACACCUGCAGAAACAGGACAAGAGCAAGAUCAAACUCAACAACAACAUGUUUGGGGACAAGCCACCCAUCCCAGAGUACAAGGUGGCAGCCAUUCAGAAGUCCCGAUUCAUCUUGCUCCACUACGGGACCUUCAAGGCAGGCUGGGAUUGGCUAAUCCUGCUGGCUACCUUCUAUGUGGCAGUCACGGUGCCCUAUAAUGUGUGUUUCACUGUGGUGGGGGGGCGGGACGAAGGGAGCUCUGCCCCCCGCAGCCCCCCCAGUGUGAGUGACAUCCUAGUGGAGAUCCUCUUCAUGCUAGAUAUUGCAUUGAACUUUCGGACGACCUUUGUGAGCACGUCGGGCCAGGUGGUGUACGAUGCCCGUUCCAUAUGUGUGCACUACGUCACCACCUGGCUGUUUGUUGACCUCAUCGCUGCCUUGCCCUUUGACCUGCUCUAUGCCUUUAACGUCAGCGUGUACUUUGGGGUCCACCUGCUGAAGACAGUGCGGUUGCUGCGCCUGCUGAGGCUGCUCCAGAAGCUGGAGCGUUACUCCCAGUACAGUGCUGUGGUCCUCACCCUGCUCAUGUCCAUGUUCGCCCUGCUGGCCCACUGGAUGGCCUGCGUCUGGUACUUCAUCGGACGCAGAGAGAUCGAAAACAGCCCCAACUACUGGGACAUCGGUUGGCUCCACGAGUUGGGAAAGCGUCUGGGCACCCCUUACUUCCUGUCUCCCCUUACUACUUUGGCUCCUGGUUUGCUGCACCCCGCCAUUGUCAACGCCUUCCCGGCCAACAGUAGCCAAUGGAACGUGUCCGGGUUGGAGCUAGCAGGGCAGGACUCGUGGAACUCCAGCCAGUGGAACGUCACAGGGACUGGGACUGGGGCGGGGGUCGGUGGGGGACAGGGUGGAGGGAUUCUGGGUGGGGGUCCAUCAGUGAGGAGCUCCUACGUGACGUCUCUGUACUUCGCUCUGAGCAGUCUGACCAGCGUGGGCUUCGGAAAUGUCUCAGCCAACACCGACUCUGAGAAGAUCUUCUCCAUCUGCACCAUGCUCAUAGGAGCCCUGAUGCAUGCGGUGGUGUUUGGUAACGUGACCGCCAUCAUUCAGAGGAUGUACUCUCGACGCUCCCUCUACCACACCCGUACCAAGGACCUGAAGGACUUCAUCAGGGUCCACCGCCUGCCCAAAGCCCUGGAGCAACGUAUGCUGGAGUGCUUCCAGACAACCUGGUCUGUUAAUAAUGGCAUCGACGUCAGCGAGUUGUUGAAGGACUUCCCAGACGAGUUGAGGGCGGACAUCGCCAUGCACCUGAAUAAGGAGCUGCUGCAGCUGCCGCUGUUUGAGUCGGCCAGUAGGGGGUGUCUGCGCUCCCUGUCCCUCAUCAUCAAGACGUCGUUUUGCGCCCCGGGAGAGUUCCUCAUCCGCCAGGGAGACGCCCUGCAGGCCAUCUACUUUGUCUGCUCCGGGUCCAUGGAGGUGCUGAAGGACAACACUGUGUUGGCUAUACUAGGGAAAGGGGACUUGAUCGGCAGUGAUUCUCUGACCAAGGAGCAGGUGAUUAAGACCAAUGCCAACGUGAAGGCCCUGACCUACUGUGACCUGCAGUACAUCAGUCUGAAGGGGCUGAGGGAGGUGCUGAGGCUCUACCCAGAGUAUGCUCAGAAGUUCAUCUCCGAGAUACAACACGACCUCACAUACAAUCUCAGAGAGGGCCACGGAGCUGACGUUGACUGGGAGAGUAACGGAGGCCUGUUGAAGAAGCUUUCUUCCAUUAAGGAGGAUGAGGAGGGUGAUGAAGAACAGAGCUCUGUAUCGUGUGCCCCCCGUUCCCCGUUACGUCUCACCAGGGUUCUUAACUCGCCCCUGCGCUCCCCCCUGCUGCCCCCUCGGCCCUUCCGCCCCCCCUCAGAACACGCCCGCCCCGCCACCCUGCAGAUACCUGUGGUCAGCUUCAGCAGCGCACCGCCGGAGCUUAGUCCCAGGUUUGUGGAUGGUAUUGAGACAGAGAGAAAUGUGAACUCAACCCAAAAGUUUGAGUUUAGCUCCAGUCUUCUACACAGUGAUCCACCAUCCCCAGGACUAGGGAUCCAGGAGCAGUCAGAAAUCAAACAGAGUGUCUCUAAGCUGAGUGACGAGAUGAGCAGUCUCUCCCAGCAAGUCUCUCAGCUCAGCCAGGAACUGCAGGAAAUGACCCGCCUGCUCCGGCCCCUCCUCCUCGUGGCGUCUCAGCCAAUCCUGACAGCCAUGACGCCCAUCCUGACUCCACCCCCCAGCAGUGCCAGCCAACCGUCCUCCAGGACACCUCUGGUUGUCCCACCUCCAGCCCCGCCCUGCUCCCCACAACCCCACCCCCGGCGAACGCAGUCCUGCACACUAUUGGACGUGGACAGUGCUGACACAGGGAGGGUGGACUUGCCAGGUUGCCUCCUCCCCACCCCCCCUCCACAGAGGCCUCCAGCCCAGGCCCAUUCUCCAAUCUCCCCAGGGAGAUGCUCCAAGGACUUACUCCGCUCCAACCCCCCUUCCCCUGGGACAGGAGACACAGAGAGGUCCACCCACCUCUCCAACGGUUCUAACCACUCCAACCUCCCGGUCUCUAGCAACGGGUUCUUCCCUGUCCAGGACCGUCCUCCCCUUGCCUCCCGCACCCCGUCCCCCUCCCUUUCCUUCUCACUGUCUCUCUCCUCCUCGCCCUCCUGCUCUCCCUGCCAGGGACCCCACCAUUCUCGACCAGGCAGUCACAGUAGCCACAGCAGGGGUCUGUUCCCCCCGACUCCCUCCCAGGAGACCCCACCCCCGCCUUCCUCCCAUUGCUCUGCUCCCCCGUCACUCAUCUCCUCGCCUGGAGACCAUAGGCUGAGGGUGGUCAGCCCCACCUUUUCCUCCUCCACUAACCUCAUCCCUCCCACGUCCUGUCUUAACCCCUCGCCCUUCUUCCCGGGGCCGUUCUCCCUGGACUCUCUGAGGGGGGAGACACAGGGGGGCCCCAGGCUGGAGGCAGGACACCUGGAGCUUGAGAUGCAGGAGUGGGGAGGGGAGAGGGGGGAGGGAUGCUCCCAAAUGAUGGAACACAUCAGCUACAUUGACGAGGAAGGGCCAGCUCUGUGACAGAGAGGCAGAUUACAUGCAAGAAGAAACAGUAGAAGAGAGAAUGACAAGGAGAAGAGAGGAGAAAAUGUAGCUGGUCCAGAGAGCAACGUUGAACCUGUGAUAUGCACACAGACAGACAUAUAGACAAAUGAAUAGACAAACAGUGAGAUGGUCAGGUGGAAGUCAAUGGCAUCACUGAAAAAGAUCCCACCAGGACAGUAGCAUGACACCUAAUCUAACGGUAGUCCAAUCAGGCGAUCUGGCCAUGUUCUGGUCAUGUUAAAGCAACAAAUCCUUCGGUAUCUGUGGACGUCAUGAUGUCAUAAGUGAAAUGUGCAUCCUUUUCCCUACCCCUCUGCUGACUCCAUAGAGAGCAUGUUGCCCUUGCCAGAUUUUCCCAACCAACCACCCCUUCAUGACAUGACAUAGGACUGGAAAUGUACACUCAUAUUCAGUCUCUGUCAUGUAGAUUCAGUAUCAUACUAACAUAUAUUGCUUGGAUAUCACCAUAGCUGAUGUGGAGUUAAUUUACUUAAUAUUACUACUUCAUAUUCCUUCAGAGUUUCUCUUUAGAUACAUUGGGACCUGUUUCUCUGCUACUUGUUAUAUAGAGGGUUAUUUGUUAGUUUUGGAUGACCCCAUUAGACUAUCUCCACAAACUACAUACACACUUGCACUGUGGUCUUAUAUAUAAUGA